AUGGUGUCAUGGGUGAACGAGGUCGCUAAAUCAGUCGGUUUGUCCAUAAACGCUGGGAAGACCAAAGUAUUCUCAAGCUGCAUCCCUGACCAGGAGAAUGCACCCCUCGGGAUUGAUGGCUGUCAACUUGAAGAAGUAGACACUUUUAAAUACCUCGGGGCGAGGCUGCUGCCUAAUGGACAGAGUAAGGAUGACAUUGUCCUCCAAAUCAAUGCUGCCCGCUGGGUUUUCUCAAGCCUUCGAAAACGCCUAUGGAACCGACGUGACCUCUCCAUCGCCACUAAGAUUCGCAUGUACCGUGCAUCUGUCCGGUCUGUCCUUCUCUACGGUUGUGAAUGCUGGGCUUUGCGCGUGGAGGAUGAGCGAAAACUGAAGGUAUUUGACCUACACUGCUUGAGAACCAUCCUUCGAGUGAGGUUCACCCACUUCGUCUCAAAUGAGACAGUUCGCGCUCGCUGCCACGAAAUCACAAGGAUAACUCAGGCCAUUCAAGAAAGACGACUGAGGUGGUUUAGGCAUGUUCUUCGUCGUCCACCUCAGGAGCUUAGUUUUACUGCCCUCGAUCCGGCACUGUUUCCUAAUUGGAGGCGUCGAAGAGGGGGUUAACUCAAAACCUGGCUCGACACAGUUCGUCAAGACAUGGAGGUGGUUCUUGGACCUUCGGUUUUCGGUCUCCGUCGUUGGCGAAGAGAAUGGGCUGAGCUGUACCGAUCUGCUGCUGCGGAUCGUCACGGGUGGCGAGGUACAGUCCGUGACAUCAUCGAGGCCGGCUAGAUCAGGCAUGAUCGCAGCCGUACCAAGUACAAAUAAGUGCAAAUAUCGUGACCGCGAAUGGAAUGCACCUCUUAUUUUCGUCACUAAUCGGAAUUUCAUCAUUGCCCUUAAGUUUGUCCUGCAAUACAGUACCAUUGUAUUUUGGGGGUCGAUUUAUCUCAUGCUAAUAAUUUUUUUUCACCGAUUUUGUCACCGGACGUCUUUCGUUUAAGCCGACCACAGUUCCUUAUUAUUUUCCCCAUAGCUCCCAUCGUUAGUUUGUCUGCGGUUUAGUCGAUUUCACUCUUUCCGAGCCUUCUGAACUGGUACGCUUAGUCCCCGACUCCCCGAUUUCGUUUCUGAACAGGUGACUGCCGUUCGCUAUCUUAUGUCCGAAUUCCGCUGCUUUCUCAUGGAAGGAUGAACCUUCGGUUAGAACAGUCGUGUUUCAGCGCAUCAUAGACACGGGUUCGUCUCGCUCAAUGCCUCAACUACUUCGGCGGUCGUCCGUUCACAUCUAGAAACAGCAGGUCAUCAAAAAACAUGCUGGGCAAACACGUCAUUCGUCCAUCUUUUUGGCCUUGGGCCUCACUGAUUGUUCUCGUUAAAAAGAAAGAUGGAUCCUUACGACUAUGUAUUGCCUACUGAGGGUACAUUCUGUAACCGUCAAAGAUUUCCUCCCAUUACCUCGGAUACACACUAGCCUAGGGCCCAAGCAAGUGUUGCAUGUUUCCUUACGCUUGACCUACAAUCCGGUUACUGACAGAUGGAAGUGACUCCCGAGGACAGAUGUAAGACUGUGUUCUCUAUUCGCUCGGGGCUACACGAGUUUGAAACCGCGCUCUUUGCGUUGAAGAAAGCGCCUGGGACCUUUCGACGUCCGAUGGCCUCAGUUUUACGGGACUUGCCUCCUACCGCGUGUCUCGUCUACCUGGACGAUUUAAUCGUACAGGGGUCUUCGGUCGAGUCACACCUCGCUAAUCUUCCAGCCAUUUCCACUCAUAUCCGGGCCGUAGACCUCUAACUGGACCCAGCUAAAUGCACUUUCUAUAAGACAUCUAUUCCAUUGUCAGGUCACAUUGUCUCAACUGACAGAUCCCAUGGAGACUGAGCCGAUUAAACGCUGGCCACAACCUAAGCCCGCUUUCGAACUCCGCGUUUUCCUAUUUUGGACACAUAGCCUGUCAUACUAACAUAAUAUCCCGGUUAAAUUCCAUCUUAUCUGCUACUUUUCUAUUUCUCGUUUUAGUUCCAGCACGUCAAUUGUAAGAUGAAUAAAGCCCUACGACAGGGUAUUCUCGUUCUGAUUCGUGCUUUCCCUCGUGUGCUUGCUGCGGUCCUACCUACAAAAUAGUCGCCCCUCUGAAUCAUCUUACUAGCAAGCAGACUAUUUUGCAUUGGUCCGGCGAAUGCGAUAAUGCCCUUGAGGAACUCAAAUAGUGUCUGACAUCCCCUCUUUUGCUGGUAUUCCCCGGUAUUUCCCAGUCAGCCCCUCCUUUCAUAUUGGAUACCGGUGCUUCGAAUUUAGCCAUCGGAACAGUCCUCUCUCAACAACAAGGAUGAACCUGAACAUUCGCUUGUUUUUGUCAGUCAGACGCUGACUACGCUCAAACGUAACUACUCCACAACUCGUAAGGAGCUUCUUCCCGUCGUGACGUUUGUCAAGAAGUUUCCCCAUCGCCUCACCGACAAACAGUUCAUCUUAAGCACCGAUAAACAGGCUUUGCGGGGGUUUGAAAACUUCAAGGAUCCGACUGGUCAACUCGCUGGCUCUCAGGCAGACCUUUUAGAGAAUUCAGACCCCGUCGUACAUCGCGCACGUAGCAAGCAUCAGAAUGCGGAUGCCUUGUCUAGCCGGACACAGACGCCACCGCCGUUUGACGCAUAUGCCACGGUGACGGCCAUUUCGUCUCUCACUCCCGAGUAUUUACGGUGGGCGUCAACUCAAACCACAGAUUCCCAAAUAUCGCUAAUUUAUGCUCAUAUUUAUCGCGGGAUACCGAAACCGUCAAGCGAGUAGACGAAAAGUUCUAACGGGGAAACUCGAUGCCUUGGUCGACGUGAGACAGCCUCCGCCCUAACGACGACAUGUUUUUCUUCUACCAAUCCACUUUUUGUCUUACCUCACGAUGCGUUCCAUCCCACACUCGCCCCCAUUGUGAUCUGCGCCGCGCUGGUCAGUUUCGCACAGACGCAGCCGCACCGCAGCGUUUUUGUUGCCAAAAUGAACGCCAGGUCAUACAGGACAUUUGCAACACCUGCCCCGUAUGUAUGGAUGUCAAAAGUCCCAACCCAACGCACUGCGCACCACCGCAGCCCAUUCAGGAAAGCAACCCGAGCGCAAUUGUUGAUGUUGAUUUAAUGUGUCCUGUGCCUCCUUCCCACUUCGAAAAUCGGUAUGUCCUAGUCUUAGCAGACCUUUUGACCAACUUGUGCGAAGCCGUGCUGCCGUAAGCAAACACUUACGGUAGGCAAGGCUAUCUUCAGCUAGUGGAUCUGCCGCCAUGGCGUGUCCCCGCAACUCCAUUCAGACUGUGGUGCUUUGUUUGAGUUGCCAUCUGGGUGCGUUCUUUGACUACCGUUGCCCAUACGCCAAUAGUGCUCGAGGCAGCGAAUUUCAGAGCAUAACUUGAGUGUAGUUUCGACAUUAUUCUCAAACGCCAAUCGAACCCGAGAAGUUGUGAUUUAUUUUCCAUCUGGACGGAAGCUGCCUUCCUAAGUAAGCGGUCCCCUGCAGACCAUUUGUAAUAUAUUACCCCUAGAUAAUUUAGUCCUUUCUUCUGAAGCAGAGUCUGUAUGUCUUUCCCAAUGUCCUACGCUACUGUAAAUCCGGCGAAUUUUUGACGGUCAUUGUCAGAUACUACCAAGUUCACAUCGUAGGACCGCAGUUUGCGAAACAUUACAAUCGUGUCACUGGACCUUCUCACUUCCACCGCUUUGGAAACAGUUGCAUAUUUUGGCUUCAUAGUUUUUAGGUAUUCCAGCUUCUAUUGUUCACUUAAGUCGCGUAGGAGAGAGAUUGAUUCAACCCUAUGGUGGUAAUGAUUGCCAGACGGAACCCAUUCUGUCUCUGGUGACUGCGGAAUUAGGAUUCGAAAGUUCUUUAGGCCACCUCGCCGGCACAGACUUAUUGUGCACAAUUUUGUGGGAAGUUGUCCCAAGACUCUUCUCCUUUCUUGGGACGCAUUUGAAGGAUUCGCACCCAUCAUACUCGUCUAUGUGAUUCCACUAUCAUAUCAUGUUAGGGCCAUCGUAAAUACACAUUUCCGGCUUUUGGUAUCCAGUAAGGUAACUGGUGGGUGCCCAUUAGUUUGUAGUAAUGGACAAUGGUCUUAACCAGCAAUAACUGCAUCCAUCGCUUGCCUUACUAAACAUUUCAGCGACCCCUCUAUGUCCUCCUCACAUGAAAUUAGGUGCAUGCAAAUGACCGCAUAGCAAGCGUCAUUAGUAAACUAUAGUAAGUCUGACGCGUUUGAAACUCGCAGCGAACUAAAGGUAGUGGCUUGGGGAGUUUCCAGCUUACGAGCGAACCCGGUCCGCUGGAAGGCUGGUUGAACUGCAGUGCUCCCUGCUUUCAGUGGCCUUUAUGAAACCCUUUAAAUGUUGUGUAAUCCAAGCCGUCCUAUCUCUGAGGUCUAGUUUGUGUGCAGCCCAGGACUAGCACGUGUGCGGCACGCGUAGACAGGAACUCGACGUUGUGAGUCAUUCGGCUUACGACCCUCUGGUCACCGUAACGUUGUUUAGUAUUAAUGGUCCAAAGUUUCCUCUAGACAACCAUAAUCUUAGUUACUUAUGAUUUAGUCACGCUGCUUUCUAGUUCCUACCUCUGUAGUAUUUCUUCGAUUUUUGCCCUUCGUUGGUUUAUUUGACUUUUGCACACUCUUCCCGUUCCAGCACUGCGCCGCCCUCGAGUACGUUUUGUAAAUAAAUCUCCAGAAGCUGUGGAAAUGAGUGCUGAACUCGAACUCGCACGACUUGACACAUUCGUCAAGAGAUCUAUGUCCCGGCCUCGGUUCUAG